AUGGUUAUGUGUAUUGCAGCAGUAGCAGGAACAGGAGCAAGAAGUAUCAACAGCAGCAGGCAGGAACAGGAGCAAGAAGCAUCAACAGCAGCAGUAGGGAACAGGAGCAAGAAGUAUCAACAGCAGCAGAAGGGAACAGGAGCAAGAAGUAUCAACAGCAGCAGAAGAGGAACAGGAGCAAGAAGAUCAACAGCAGCAGUAGGGAACAGGAGCAAAAGUAUCAACAGCAGCAGUAGCGGGAACAGGAGCAAGAAGUAUCAACAGCAGCAGAAGGGAACAGGAGCAAGAAGUAUCAACAGCAGCAGUACUGGGAACAGGAGCAAGAAGUAUCAACAGCAGCAGAAGAAAGAACAGAGAAGGAACAGGACAAGAAGUAUCAACAGCAGUAGCAGGAACAGGAGCAAGAAGUAUCAACACAGCAGUAGGGAACAGGAGCAAGAAGUAUCAACAGCAGCAGAAAGGGAACAGGACAAGAAGUAUCAACAGCAGCAGAAGGGAACAGGAGAAGUAUCAACAGCAGCAGUAGGGAACAGGACAGAAGGGGAACAGGAGCAAGAAGUAUCAACAGCAGCAGUACAGGAACAGGAGCAAGAAGCAUCAACAGCAGCAGUACCGGGAACAGGACAAGAAGUAUCAACAGCAGCAGAAGGGAACAGGAGCAAGAAGUAUCAACAGCAGCAGAAGGAACAGACAAGAAGACAACAGCAGCAGAAGGGAACAGGAGCAAGAAGUAUCAACAGCAGCAGUGGAACAGGAGCAAGAAGAUCAACAGCAGCAGAAGGAACAGGAGCAAGAAGAUCAACAGCAGCAGAAGGGAACAGGAGCAAGAAGUAUCAACAGCAGCAGAAGGAACAGGAGCAAGAAGUAUCAACAGCAGCAGUAGUGAACAGGAGCAAGAAGUAUCAACAGCAGCAGAAGGGAACAGGAGCAAGAAGUAUCAACAGCAGCACUGGGAACAGGAGCAAGAAGUAUCAACAGCAGCAGUACCGGGAACAGAGCAAGAAGUAUCAACAGCAGCAGAGGGAACAGGAGCAAGAAGUAUCAACAGCAGCAGAGAGGAACAGGAGCAAGAAGUAUCACAGCAGCAGUACGGGAACAGGAGCAAGAAGUAUCAACACCAGCAGUACGGGAACAGGGCAAGAAGUAUCAACAGGCAGUAGGGAACAGAGAAGAAGUAUCAACAGCAGCAGUAGCAGGAACCGGAGCAAGAAGUAUCAACAGCAGCAGUACGGAACAGGAGCAAGAAGUAUCACAGCAGCAGUAGCAGGAACAGGAGCAAGAAGUAUCAACAGCAGCAGUACCGGGAACAGGAGCAAGAAGUAUCAACAGCAGCAGUACCGGGAACAGGAGCAAGAAGUAUCAACAGCAGCAGUACCGGGAACAGGAGCAAGAAGUAUCAACAGCAGCAGUAGCGGGAACAGACAGCAGUACCGGGAACAGGAGCAAGAAGUAUCAACAGCAGCAGUACCGGGAACAGGAGCAAGAAGUAUCAACAGCAGCAGUAGCAGAUACAAGCAGUAUCAUCAGCAGGAAGCAGCAGUAGCAGGUAGAAGCAAUAUCAUCAAGAGGAACAAGGAGUAUCAUCAGCAGAAAGAAACAAGAACAAUAGCAGGAACAAGCAACAGCAGGAAUAAGCAGCAGCAGGAAGAAGCAGCAGCAGGAAGAAGCAGUAUCAUCAAGAGGAAUAAGCAGUAUCAUCAGCAGGAAGAAGCAAGAACAAUAGCAGGAACAAGCAACAGCAGGAAUAAGCAGUAUCAUCAGCAGGAAGAAACAAGAACAAUAGCAGGAAGAGCAGUAUCAGCAGCACAAUCAUAA